AUGGCGGCGCGGCGGUCGCCCUCGCCGCGUCCUCCGCCCCAGGCUCGACAGCCCGGGCCCUGGUCCCCGCAUGUGGGGCCGGACGCUGAAGUCCGCGCGGUGCACAGCGAGGCUUCGGGUCUUGCCGGCGCUGCAUGGAUGGUCAUCACCGGCCGGAACGGGAGGUCCCGGCGGGGCGAAGAGGGGCCGGGGGCCCCGCACGGGGUCGAGGCGGCGGCGGCGGCUCAGGCUCCCCUCCCCAGCGCGCCCACGGCGUCCGGGCGGCUCGAGGGCAUCUCGCUAGAGGAGACGAUGGCGACCCGGACGCAGCUGCUGGAGGACGAGCUGGGCAGCCUAAAGGAGGAGCUGGCCCUGUGUCAGGCUGAUAAAGAAUUUGUUUGGUCUUUGUGGAAACGCCUCCAGAUGACCAACCCAGAUCUCACACAAGCAUUCAGUUUGGUUGUGGAAAGAGAAAAAGAGAAAGCUGAAGCUAAAGAUAGAAAGGUUCUUGAAAUUUUGCAAGUCAAGGAUGCCAAAAUACACGAACUGGAGCAGAGAGAAUCAGAACUGCAGCAGGCAAUGCAUGACCUUGCCCAGCAGAAGACUGCAGUAGAUGAGGAAAAUGCGCUCCUGAGGAAUGAAUUCAGUGACUUGCAGAGGAAAUUUAAAGAUAAAAAUCAUGAACUUGAGGACACUAAGGAGUGUGUGCAGAAGGGAGAGCAAAACAGGCUGGUGAUAAAAAACCUGGAGGAGGAAAACGAGAAAUUAAGUGCACACUGCGCCGACCUGCUAAAUGACCUGGAGAAACUGAGGAAGGAAGAAGCACACUGGAGAAAAGAAAAUCAUAGCAUUGAUGCCAAGAUUAAGGCCUUCGAAGACAGUUUGACUGAAGCAAGGAAAGAAAUUGAAGUAUCGCAGAGUAAAUAUAAUGCCCUGUCAUUGCAGUUGAAUAAUAAGCAAACUGAACUUAUCCAGAAAGAUAUAGAUAUUACCCUAGUCAGGAAGGAGCUGCAGGAGCUGCAGAAUCUCUACAAACAGAACAGUGCGCACACAGCCCAGCAAGCGGAGCUCAUUCAGCAGCUGCAGGUGCUCAAUAUGGACACCCAGAAAGUACUGCGAAACCAGGAAGAUGUUCACACAGCCGAAAGCAUAUCGUAUCAAAAACUUUAUAAUGAAUUACAUAUUUGUUUUGAAACCACAAAAUCAAGUGAAGCUAAUCUCCGGCAAAGUAUUGUUAAUCUUCAGGAUCAGCUAUUUCAAGUGGAACAAGAGAAUGCUAAAUUAAAAGAAAAACUCCAGGUAUUCCAAGGAGCCCCGUGCCAUCCUGUACCUCAGGAAAGCGAUUCAGACCCCCCAAAAGAGGCUUCUCAACAGCCAUCUUUUUCAAGCUUAGAAACCUUAAUGGUGUCACAGAAGUCUGAAAUUGAGUAUUUACAGGAGAAACUGAAAAUGGCAAAUGCAAAGCUAUCAGAACACAGAUCUGCCAACAGAAGCUUCUUAGGCAGCAUCAUGGAGCCACCUGGGAAACGCUCCCGGUCUCUAUCCCCGAAGAGGCCUCUCCCAGAUGUGGAGGUGCUCAGGAAGCUGAGGACAGCUGAAAGAAAGAUCGAGAACUUGGAGAAGACACUGCAGCUAAAGAGCCAAGAAAAUGAUGAGCUAAGAGAUGCCCAUGAAAAACUCAAGAAAAGGCUACAGAUGUUACAGACCAACUACAGAGCAGUAAAAGAACAGUUAGAACAGUGGGAAGGAGGCAGUGGCAUGGCUGAUAUCAGAAAAAUCAAGAGAGCAUAUCCCCACCAACUUCGGCAAGAAGAUUCUGAUGCUGUAUGGAAUGAAUUGGCAUAUUACAAAAGGGAGAACGAGGAACUCAUGACGGAAAAAAUGGAUCUUCAAGAAGAAUUGGAUAAUCUUAAAGUACAUAUAUCCAUUGAUAAAGCAACAAUACAAGAAUUAAAUGCACACAUGGAAAAGGAAAGAGAAGAACAACUUUUUAGACACAGCGAAGAAGAUGGGGUCAAGAAGAGUACUCGAGAGAAGAAUGGGAAAGAAAUGUCAGAACAGACAUUACAGAAGGUAAUUGAACUGGAAAAUCGGCUCCAAUCUUUUGAGAAGAGAUCAAAAAAAUUAAAAGAAGGGAAUAGGAAAUUAGUGAAAGAGAAUGAUUUCCUAAAGUCCCUCUUAAAACAGCAUGACGACGAUGCCGAAAGCAGAGAAAAAGAGCUGGAACAGCGGCUGCUGAAGGGCAGCCGGGAUUUCGAAAAAGAGAAAACUGAACUUCAAGUGAAAAUUAGUGAGCUGAGGAGUGAAGUCACUUCCCUGAGGGGCCAAGUGGCAGAAGCUAAUGGAUUGAGAAAUGAAAAUGAAGAGCUGAUAAAUUCAAUGGAAAAACUGCAGCGUACGUCAGACAGAGGAAGAGCCGAGAUGGCGACGGCAGACGUGGGCGCGGGACCACCCGGUUGCAAGACCACCACCACCAAGGUUAAAUUUAAAGCCGCCAAGAAAAAGUGCGCGGUGGGUCGCCACCACACCGUCCUCAAUCACUCCAUCAAGGUCAUGAGCAACGUGUUUGAGAACCUCCGGAAGGACGGCUGGGAGGAUGUGAGUGAAAGCAGUAGUGAUUUGGAAACACAUACCACUCAAAAUUUGGGAACAAUUAUUGUGGAAACAUCUCAGAAAAUAAGUCCUGCAGAAGAAGGAAGAGACCAGAAACUAUGUGAUCCAGGAGAAGACAAUGAAACAGAUGGGAAAGAAAUAAUACAAGUAUACUCAAGUAGAAAUGGCAAGAAGUCAAAGGAGGUUCUUCAUUAUAAGAAUGCCAAAAAAACAACUUUGCAAAGGAAGAACAAUACACAAAGGAGCUCACACACAGCAGCCCCUAACCGAGUUAACAGAGAAAAAUGGAAAUGUAUAACUGCCCAGAAGUCAUCUAGCAACAGUAUUAUAUUACGAGAACGGAUCAUAUCUUUGCAACAACAAAAUAACCUACUUCAGAAUGCCAAGAAAACUGCGGAAUUGUCAGUUAAGGAAUAUAAAGAAAUCAACGCCAAGCUCAGUCAGCAGCAGCAAAUAUCAGACCAAAGAUUUCAGACAAGCCGGCAGACAAUCAAGAAGCUAAACUUGGAUUUGGCUGAUCUUCGGAAAGAAAAAGAAGAUUUACUAAAGAAGUUAGAGUCCUCCUCUGAAAUCACGAGUUUGGCAGAAGAAGUUUCCAGGGUAACGGUCCCACAGAUACAAGUUACAACAAUUGGACCUUCAAGGAGCAUGGAACUGGAAAUGAAGCAACUGCAGUGUAAACUAAAGAAUGCAACUAAUGAACUCACAAAACAGUCAUCAAAGGUGAAGUCUCUGAAAGUUGACCUUCUAUCCAAAGAGGAACACGUCAAGGAGCUGCUGGAAAAAAUGUCUCGAAUGGAGAGAGAUGUAACCAUGAAAAGACAUUUGAUAGAGGACUUGAAAUUCCGACAGAAACUACACCUGGAGAGUAAUGAGAGUUUUAAUGAAAUGGUAGAAAAUCUUGAAAAAAAAGUGAAGACAUUAACUGAAGAGUGUUCCAACAAGAAGGUAUCAAUUGAUUCCCUGAAGCAAAGGCUCAGUGUUGCAGUAAAGGAGAAGUCACAAUAUGAACAGAUGUAUCAGAAAACUAAAGAUGAGUUAGAGAAAAAGGAUCUCAAGCUUACACACCUAGCAUCAAAAGUCAAUGAGACUGAAUCGGCAAUGGCAAAAAUAGAAUCGGUAGCAUCUAAGCAGCUUGAAGGAUUAGCACUGCAAAGCGAGCAUGUCCUGGAAGGGGCGCAGAAGAAGCUGCUGUUGGCCAAUGAGAAAGUGGAAGAAUUCACCAUCUUUGUGAAGGCACUGGCGAAAGAACUACAGAACGAUGUGCUGGUGUUACGGCGACAAAUCCGAGAGCUUAAGAAAAGGCAGAAAUCCAGGGCUGCGUCCAAAACCUCAACUCACAGAGCACAAACCCUGGCGGCUUCCAUCCUAAACAUCUCACGGUCUGACCUAGAGGAAAUACUGGACACAGACGAUGACAUGGAAAUUGAGAGAGCAAAGACAGAUGCCGAGAAUGAUAAGGAGUGGCUGCUGUACAUUCAGAAACUUCUCGAAGGACAGCUUCCUUUUGCCUCGUAUUUACUAGAAGCAGUGCUGGAGAAAAUAAACGGGAAAAGGGAGCUAAUUGAAGAGUAUUUCACAAUUAUGAAAGAAUCCAGAUGAUAUGACGGCAAGACGUUUUAAUUUUUCCCAAAUGUGAGAACUUUUUAAAACGUGCAAACUUUUUUUUUUUAACAUCACGUGAUUGGAGAAGCACGUAUUGUAAUUCCAAUACAGUGUUUGCUCCGGCCAUCAAUAGGCAGGUUCAAUACCAAAAUAAGAAGGCUCUGAAACUAAUUAAUUGCUGAACAAGUGAAACUAAUUAAGUGUAGAGCCAUUUAAAAGGAAAGAAUGUAGCAUUUGAUUGUCAAAUACAAAUACUGCCUCAAAUCAAUGCAAACUUAAAAAUGAUUUUCCUUCUGGGGCAUUAGACGAUGCUCGGACAAGCUUGGCACCCAGACUGGUCGGGGUCUGGCUGGGCGAGAAGAAAACCCAGCAAAACUUAGGGUUCAAUGUUGGACCUUUUACCAAGACACUACAAGUGUUACAUGCAGUCGCUUGAGUGACCCUCAAAAGCAUAUUCACAUGGAAAAAAAGCAAAACAUAAAAUGAAGCAUCGUAACUUAAGGCAGAGCACUGAAUAAAACUGUGGUCCAAUUGUCUCUGUUCUCAGUGAUAUACUGGAUUAUUUUCCUACAGCUAUUCAAUAAAAAUAAAAGCAUUUUCUCUUUGAUUCUCAAUACUUUGUGUGGCCAUGUAGAUCAGUGAGGGGCUACAAGCCCAGUGUGGAAGGGUCAGUUUGAACUAAUUGCACUCCUGACUGUGGUCAGCUGGAGUUCACAUAGACCAAGUAGGCUCACACGCCGGGAACUGUCUCCUCCACUGUCACGCCUCCCUUGUCUCCUUCAUGAUGUUCCUGCCCCACCUUCCUGCUUCUCAGUCCAAUUCAUCAAGCUUAUUCCCUUCUCCAGUCUUUGCCCUUUCCAGGACACUCUUUCUAGAAUACUCUGCCGUCACCUUCCCCCAGAGAAGACGGUUCCUCCUCACUCGGGGUCAGCUCACACAUUCCCUUCAGGGAUGCACUCCCUGACCACCUGACCCUUUCCUUUGUGAAAUACCAUUUUCUAGAUCAUUUUUCUGUUUGCUUAUUUGCUUAUGUUAUAUUUUCUCUCCCUGCCCAACUUAUAGAAGGUUCUAAGAUGAAGGCAAGCCAAACAUAAAAAACCUAUUGUCAUCAAAUCAAUUUUGACUCAGAGAGACCCACAGGACAAAUACAGACCACAAGAUAAGCAUGUUUCUGCAGUAUUAAGUGGUUUACAGUAUUAAGUGGUUGAAAACGUUCAGAAAAGUACUACCUUGUGGCUUGUGAGAUUUUUAUGAAAUUUGAAUUUCAGUGUCCAUAAAUAAACUCUGUUGUUGGAACAA